AUGAAUAAUCCAGCUCAACCAAAUUUCAACUUUAAUUCACUGACUACUAAUCUAGAAGAGGACUUAGAUUGUGGUAACGUACCUUCAUAUGCCUCAUCAUUAUGGGGCACAAAUAAAAGAGAUAAAAAAGAUUAUAUACUGACGAAUAAUAAAUUACAUAGCGAUAGUAAUAAGACAUUCAAGAGUAUUAUCAAGUUGUCAAAUACUAAAAACUUUAAUUCAAAACGGUAUAAAUUAAAUUUUGAUUCUGUAGAUUAUUAAACACCUCCAAAAAAUAAGGAAACCAAACUGAAAUUUAUUGAAUGA